AUGCAGCCUCAAAGUAGUCUGUCGGCGCUUGCCGCCCUCGCCCCCAUGGUUCUGGCCUUGCCUCAACAGCAGCCUCCCCCGCCAGGCCCUCCAGCUGCUUGUGCACCGGUCAACAUCAUCGUCGCCCGUGGCAGUCUCGAGGCGCAGGGUGCCGGUUUGUUAGGCAAUAUCGCCAUGAACGCGUCGAUGCAGAUUCCCGGCUCCGUCAUUACGCCAUUGGUGUACCCGGCACAACUCGACCCGUAUCCGCCUUCCGUGUCGGCUGGUGUGAUGAACAUGACGACUCUUCUCAAUCAACAAGCGCAGCAGUGCCCCCAGUCGAAGCUCGUUCUGAUGGGAUACUCUCAGGGCGCACAAGUGUCGCUGGACACUCUUUGCGGUACCACGGAUGGCCCGAACUUCAACACGACUGUUGCCCAGGCACCCAUGGUCGGAAGCAAGAUCGCUGCCGUCGUCUUGUUCGGUGACCCAACCUUCAUCGCCGGCCAGCCCUUCGCCAAGGGAACCUCAAAGAAGAACGGCAUCUUCCCUCGUAUGGAUCUCGGCCCAUGCCAGACCCUGACGAGCAAGUUCGCAUCAUUCUGUGAUGACACGGAUCUCUUCUGCGCCUCGGGCCAGAACUUGACCGUCCAUCUCGGCUACUUCUCCAAGCAGGACUACGUAGCCCAGGCAUCUUCAUUCAUCGUGCAGCAGACCAAGUAA